CUGGUGAUCAAAAAGCGAACAAAACAUGGCUUACAAGUUUAUUGUGGUGCUGACGGUAGUUGGCAUUGUAAGGAGUGCUCUGGUGCCUCUGGUUCCUGCUGUUGAUCCAGCUGUUGAUCCAGCUGUUGAUCCACCUGUCCCUGAGAGACUGGAAGACUUUGAUGCUGCGCCUCAAUACAGCUUUGCUUAUGACGUUCAGGACACCCUGACUGGCGACUCAAAGGCACAAUAUGAGACCAGACAUGGUGAUAUAGUACAGGGAAGCUACAGUUUAAUUGAGGCCGAUGGAACAAGAAGGAUUGUUGAUUAUACCGCUGAUCCUGUCAAUGGAUUUAACGCGAUUGUUAGUAAAGAGCCGGCAUUGGCAGCAUUCGCUGCGCCCGCUCUAUCAGUGGCCGGUAUUGGAGGGUCAUCAGUUAUUCCAGGAGCCGGUGCUCCAAAUAGAAUUCAUCCACCUGAGAUACCGGCUACUGGGCCUGAUGCGGAUGUCGAGGUGAUUGAGGCGCGAUCUGGUCCCAUCACACAGCCACCGCAGAAAUUCAUCCAUGGAGUGAAUCAACGCAAUCAGAAAAAUGAACGAAAUGAAAUUGAAUUACGAAAUUCAGAUGGUCUGCCAGUCAGAGCCAUUGCUACCAAUCUUGUAAAUACACUUCAAUAUCGGGCCUAUCCCACUUACAACGCCGCCUACUCUUCACCGGUUGCUUUCACUGCUCCUGUUGCUGGUGUCACAUACGCCCAAACUUAUCUGUGAACUCGUUCAUCUGUCAUGAUUCAUAAUUAUUUUGUGAUUUUUCUUAUACUUGAAUAAACAUCUAUAGGCCUA